AUGUCCCAAGUGAACCAGGAGUUUGUGCAACGUAUUAAAGCACUCCGUGAUAUCGAUACCCAGGAAGCUCCAGUUGAUUUCUUAAACGUAAUAAAUCGGUGGACCCUUGAGUCAGUCUCUGUGGUGGCUCUGGACAAGCAGUUGGGACUGCUCAAAGAGUCGGGCGAUAACGACCAGGCUGUGUUACUUUUCAAGUACCUGGACGAUUUUUUUGAAUUAACAGCCGAUCUGGAGAUGAAGCCCUCCAUCUGGCGUUACGUUAAAACACCCAAGCUAAUGAAGCUAAUGAAGUCCCUAAAUGCCGUUCAAGAAAUAACUUCAGCGUAUGUAGAUGAAGCUAUAGAGCGUCUAGAGAAAGAGGCCAAGGAGGGUGUUGUCCGCCCUGAGAGCGAGCAGAGUGUACUGGAAAAGCUGCUCAAGAUCGACAAAAAGGUGGCGACGGUUAUGGCCAUGGACAUGCUAAUGGCCGGAGUGGAUACCACCUCAAGUACCUUUACAGCGGCCUUGCUGUGCCUUGCCAAGAAUCCGGAGAAGCAGGCCGUACUCCGAGAAGAGGUGAUGAAGGUUCUACCCGAGAAGGACUCCGAAUUCACUGAGGCAUCGAUGAAGAACGUUCCCUAUCUACGUGCCUGCAUCAAAGAGUCACAACGGAUCUAUCCUUUGGUCAUCGGCAAUGGCCGAUUUCUCAAUCGGGACAGCGUUUUGAGCGGAUACCAAGUGCCAGCUGGUACCUGUGUGUCGAUUGUUCCCCUGAGCUUGCUAUCAAGCGAGGAGAACUUCCCCAAGGCUGCUGAGUUCCUGCCAGAACGUUGGAUUCGUAACGCCACAGACUCCAACGGGCAAUGCCCGGCAAAUGACUUGAAGCUGAAGAAUCCGUUUGUGUUCUUGCCCUUCGGAUUUGGACCCCGGAUGUGCGUUGGAAAGCGCAUCGUGGACAGGGAGCUCGAGCUGGGCUCGACUCAUUCGGAACUUUAG